UAAAUUCUAAAAUCCUUUGUCUUGUGUCCUGUCAACUUUCACUAUCAAAUUUGUUGUAAUUAUAUUUUAAUUUAAAAUGUAAAUUCAGUGUUAAUCAGAACUAUUCCAGAAUAUAUUCCAUUACGAAAUAAUUUGUUGAUUCUCAUAUAGAUUCUCACAAAUUAAAAGCAUGGUAUUUUUAAAACCGACUCAGAGAGAAAGCAGCCUAUAAUCUGAAGGAAAUGAAAUUUUUUUAUUUUUUAAGAAGUCAAGGGAACCAAUAUUGAUGAAAAAGGGCUGAGACAUGGGUGAUGAAAGCCUGAAGACAUUUGGGAUCGUCAUUCGCGCUCUUAGAAGCCUCGCCGAAAUUCAGUUACUCACCCCACAGCAAAUUUUGAAUUAUGUCAGUACUCAGUAUAACAUACCGAAGGAGAAAAUAAAACGAAAGCAAGAGAUUCUAAAUUUACAACCGGAAAACCCGAAAAUUUGGGAGCGAUUUUUAAGCGAUGCAAGGAAUUCGGCAUAUUAAAAAAGGGUCAAGGACACCAAAAAGUGAAUCCAAAUAAGGUUCAAUUCAUGGCAAAACGACCAUGUUGUGAUUGUAAGGAUUGUACAGGGUCUUGCGGUUAUUGUGAUAAACCUAGCAAGAAAUCUAUGAAGGAAAAAUGCGCAAAUUCCAAAUCCAAGAAAAAAAUGAAAAUGUGCAGAAGUUCUUGCAAGAAAUCGAAAAGAAAGAUGAAAAGAAGGUCGAAAAGAUCUAAAAAAUCUAAAAGGAGCUGUAAAAAGAAGUGUUAUUAAAUUGCCGUACAUUAGAGGACACCUCCAAACAGUGGAUAAUGCAACCUACAGUGGAUAAUAAUAAUAUUAAAUUAAUUGUUUUACAUAUAUAAAUUAAUAUUUUCAAUUAAGGAUUAUUCACUGUAAAUUUCAUUAUCCACUGUAUAAAAGAUUUCUGUUAGACCUUGUUUAGUAUUGUAAAAAUGAAAAUAAUUUUUCGUAUCUUCGUAAUUGUAUUUGAAAAUAAAUUUGAGAUUAG